AUGAGUGGAAACAACGAAUCGCGACCCUGCAGACGAUGCAAAACGCCAACAACCUUGACAGUGAGAAAAGAUCCGUUGUGCGAAUCCUGCUAUGAGCAGCACAUCUCUCAGCGGGUGGCCAAGGCCCUCGGCAAACCGUACAAGGAUCUCAAAGACAAGAUAGGAAAUGCAGCGAACGCCAAAGCAAAGUACCUACUCGGUCUCUCCUUCGGUCAUUCGUCUGCCGCCAUGGUACAAGUGCUGGACAAGAACCUACAGAGCCUCCACGAGAGGAAGCUGCGGGUCGCAUACGAGGUGCAUGUUGUCCACGUUGACACUGACCUGUCCGAUACCUGUACCUCGUCAGGAGGAUCUGAAGCAAGUGAACUACUGGAGAAGCACAAGGCCAGAUUCCCGAACUUGCCCAUGCGGUGCGUCCCGCUGAGCGAUGCCCUGAAGCUGGACACGAUUGACUGGUCUGUCUUGCCGGCGCUGCAGAAGGAUCUCGAGCCAGCGCAGCAGCUCAGGGCCAUGCUUGAGGCGCUGCCAUCUGUCACGUCGAGGGUGGACAUUAUGAGGCUGCUUGUACGGCACUUAUUGUUGUCGUUGGCGUUGGGUAAUGAAUGCCACGCUCUGCUGCUGGGGUGCACGACAACCGCCUUGGCCGAGCUGACACUCGCAGAGACGGCCAAGGGCAGGGGCUUCGCUAUACCGUGGCAGGUGAACGAUGGCCCGGUUCCCAUCACGACGUUCCCUCGCUGCAGCGAGCAUGCAAAGGAUGACCAGAUGGUCAACGAGACGCAGACAACGACAUUUCCUGUCUACUACCUCCUGCGGGAUGUCUUUAAGCGAGAGAUUGUUACUUACACUGGACUGGUUCAGCCAACUAUCAGGGACGUAAUCAGAGACGCGGGGCCAAGCAGCAAUACUAUCGUGUCGCAUAAGGAGCUCAGCAUAGAAGACGUCAUGGCGCGAUACUUUGAGGAGGUAGAGGAGAAUUAUCCGUCUGUUGUCGCAAAUGUCGUUCGCACCAGCGGCAAGCUCACGCGAGUGAAUAAUGGCAACGCAUGUGCGGUUUGUGGCAUGGACCUGGACGAGCAGGGGGACGCUAGAUGGAAGGGAGAGAUAGGCGAGGAUCCAGAUGACACGAAGCGCAAGAAGACUGUCGGACGAAACCUUGACCUGUGCUCUGCUGCCUUCAUGAACCCUCCCCCAAUCCCCAGCGCAAAGUCGAUCCCCGGCCAUGACAAACCCGUCCAGUCUAUCCAGCUCUUUUGA